AUGGCUGCUCCUCAGUCGCGCCAGUGGGGCAUUACUCCCCCGCUGUCAUCAGCAUUGCCCACGCCCUCCGAGCUUGCGGAGAACGAUGCGUUGAUAGCAGAGCUGAAGCUACAGAAUAACUUCGAGGCUCCAUCCGAGACGGAGAAGAGGAAGCAAACACUGCACCUUCUACAGCGUGUGACCAUCGAAUUCAUCAAGGUCGUAGGGAAGGAAAAGGGACUCUCACAGGCUGCGAUCGAUGCCUCUGGCGGUAAAAUAUUCACAUAUGGAAGUUAUAGGCUUGGUGUCUAUGGCCCUGGCUCCGAUAUUGAUACGUUGGUGGUGGCGCCCAAGCACGUUACGAUAGAAGACUUUUUUACCCACUUCCCCACACUGCUCGAAAAUGCGGCUCCAAAGGAUGCGAUAGAAAAAAUGACCCCUGUUCCGGAUGCAUUUGUCCCCAUUAUCAAGAUUGAGAUUUCUGGGAUCAGCAUUGAUCUGAUUUUCGCUCGGCUCAUCGUUUCUUCGGUACCCCCUAAUCUCGAUCUGAAAAAUAAAGAUCUGUUGCGUGGACUAGAUGAGAAGGAGAUACGAUGCGUUAAUGGCACCCGAGUGACAGACGAAAUAUUAGAGCUUGUUCCUCAGCAGAAGACUUUCCGCCUUGCAUUGAGGGCUAUAAAACUCUGGGCACAACGUCGAGCCAUUUACUCGAACAUUGUUGGUUUCCCUGGUGGUGUUGCCUGGGCCAUGUUGGUCGCAAGGGUCUGUCAGCUUUACCCCCAGGCUACCGGCUCGGUCAUUGUAGGCAAGUUCUUCAGAAUCAUGAACCAGUGGAGCUGGCCACAGCCAGUAUUGCUGAAGCAUAUCGAAGACGGGCCACUUCAUAUGAAAGUGUGGAAUCCAAAGAUAUAUCAUGGUGAUAGGUUCCAUUUAAUGCCUAUAAUCACUCCCGCGUACCCUUCUAUGUGCGCUACACACAACGUUUCCAUGUCCACCAAGGCCGUUAUGCUUAGAGAGCUUAGGCGAGGCGGAGACAUUGUUGACAAGAUUUUUGUUGGACAGCUUCAGUGGAGCGAUCUUUUUGCUCGACACAGCUUCUUCUCGGGUGAUUAUAAAUACUAUCUCAGCAUCAAUUCAACUAGCACAACCAAAGAGGCACAGGCGAUAUGGUCGGGCCUUGUAGAAUCGAAACUCCGACAUUUGGUUGGAGCACUUGACCGCAAAUCUUCUAUAGAAAUCGCCCACCCGUUCCCCAAAGGUUUCGAGAGAGUGCAUACCUGCAAUACUGACGAGGAAGUCAACGCUGUGAAAUCCGGUUCUAUGAAAUACCAGGCAAAGGACACCAAGACCGCCACCACCGAUGAAACGAACGAUCCCACUCAUGUAGCGGCCGCCGAGAAUGCGAAUGAAAAUGUGGCAAUUGCAGAGUCGGCCAAUCCCACUGGAGAGAAUAAGUAUACUCUUUAUACCACUAAUUACUACAUUGGAUUGGAAGUCAAACCAUUAGCACCAGGCGCUGCACGGUCGCUAGAUAUAUCAACCGACACCCAUAUGUUCAAAAACACAUGCACAUCUUGGGCACAAUACCAACCCGGAAUCAACGACUUGAAUAUAACACACGUUCGCAAUUACAAUCUCCCCGACGAUGUUUUCCAGCCUGGGGAAGUUCGACCCUCCCGCCCGAAGAAGAAGGUUAUCAAGAAAGUGGAACAGACAGUUGCACAAAAGCGAAACAUCGAUGCAGUGGAUGAGAAAGACGGGCAUCUACCUCUUGGUAAACGCCAGGCACAGGUGUACCCCUUCUGCCACGACCACUCCAUCAACCUGUUUACGGGGAUAGUAAUCACGCUCUUUGGAUGA